AUGGCAGCAUACUCCUCUCACGUCCGUGGCGCUGUAGACGCGCUACCGCGAUUGUCUGCAUGGAGUGCUGUCUCGCUCAUGGUCACGGUGGCUCUUGUCCAUGUCGCGUAUAUUCUCUUAUACAACACUUUCUUUCAUUCCCUGCGAAAGUUUCCAGGACCAUGGCUACAUUCAUUUACCAGCAUCCCCCACACUCGCCUCACACUCUCUGGAUCAUCGCACAGAAAACAUCUUGCGCUUCACCUCAAAUAUGGACCGGUAGUCCGAAUAGCGCCCAACAUUCUUUCAUUCAAUCAUCCCGAUGCUCUGAAGGACCUCCGAGGGCAUCGUAAGGCGGGCGAGCCGGAGCAUAGCAAAGACCCCGUCUCGAUCCGCUUCAACCCUGAUAACAUAGUAGGAAGCAAUCGAGAGCAUCACACCCGCUUUCGUCGAGCCCUGGCUCAUGGAUUCUCGUCGCAAGCCAUGCUGGAGCAAGAACCUACCUUCAGAUUAUAUGUCGACCAACUGUUCGCACGACUCCAAGAAAAUUGUUCUAAUGGCGCAGUAGCCGUGGACCUUGCCAAGUGGUAUACAUUCACGGCUUUCGACAUGAUUGGGGAUCUAGCAUUCGGGGAAUCCUUUGGUUGCCUAGAGAGUUCUACCUAUCAUCCAUGGGUAGCUCUCGCUUUUGAGAGCCUGAAGAGCCUUGCCUUUCUGAUUGAAAUCGGUCGGUAUCCGAAUAUGGAUGUCCUUCUGAAGCGGCUGCUGCCUGGGGGACUUUUAUCGAAGUUCGCUAAGAACAAAGAGCUCUCAACUGCGAAAGUUCAGAAACGGCUCGACUCUGGAAGCAAUCGACCAGAUUUUAUUGGCAAGAUUACUGAGGGAUCGCGUUCCAAGCGUACCGAAAUGACAUUUGAGGAGCUUGCAUCCAACGCGUCGGUCUUGAUCGUCGCUGGUUCGGAAACAUCAGCGACUCUGCUCUCCGCCGCCAUUUUUUUCCUCACCAGGAGUCCGAAAGCAUUGGCCCUACUGACCGACGAAGUCCGGCAUGCCUUCAGUAGAAAGGAUGACAUCGGACUCAUCAAUACUCAAGGCCUUUCGUACAUGCAAGCUGUUCUUGAAGAGGCCUUGCGAAUGUACCCUCCCGUAGCCGGCGGGGGAUCGGCGCGCCUGGUAGCCAAGGGAGGUGUCCAGAUCGCCGACUACUUUAUUCCGGAAAAUGCACUGGUCGAGAAUGAUAUGUGGGCGCUGCACCAUAACCCGAAGUACUUUACCCGGCCAGAUGAUUUCGUACCGGAGCGAUGGCUGGGUGACAAAGCUUUCAAAGAUGAUAGACUUGAUUCUGUCAAGCCAUUUUCUAUAGGCCCCCGCAACUGCAUUGGCAUGAAUUUGGCAUAUUCGGAAAUGCGAAUGAUUUUGGCUAGAACUAUCUGGGAGUUUGACAUUCGUCUCGCUGAGAGCAGCCAGAACUGGUACGACCAGAGUAGGGUGUAUCUUGCAUGGCAAAGACCACCACUGAACGUCUACCUGACACCAAGGAGAGACGUCACAGCAUCAGUUUAA